AUGAAGGUGCUUCUUUUGCUGUCCACGAUUGCCUGUCUUCUUGUUAAAGCUCAAGGCAAGACCUUUAGUCGCUGUGAGCUGCUCUUGAUGCUGCAACAUUCGGGAUUGGAAGGGUUCGAGGGCUACAGCUUGGCUGACUGGGUCUGCCUGGCAUACUUUGCGAGCGGCUUCAACACGGCCAAAGUGACUCAGAAUUCAGACGGCAGUUCCGAAUAUGGCAUUUUCCAGAUCAACAGUCGUCUCUGGUGUUCUGACCAGCACAGUACCACAAAGGACCUAUGCGAUAUAGCAUGCAGCGAUUUGCUCACUGAUGAGAUUGUGGAUGACAUUGAUUGUAUCAAGAAAGCUGUGGUGGACUCAGAAGGCUUGGAUGCCUGGAUGGGCUGGAGAGAUCAUUGCCGAGGGAGAAAUCUGAAUUACUGGAUAAAUGCCUGUAACUGACCCCAUGGAAUCACCAAUGAAAUUUAUCUCCUCAUACCUGGCCCCAAACCUGGAACUGCCUGCUUCUUCUAUACCAGACAGUAAAACCUGACGGAAGCCGCAAAAUGAUUUCAAUAAAUACAUUUCUUAGAAAGACUCUUUUAAAAACAUGC